CGGCCAGAGGGAAUCUUGAACUCCCGCGGCGUGGGGAGAGGUGCCGCGAUGCUGCAGUUGAUCCGGGCCGGGGGGCGGGCCUGGCUUCGGCCCACGGGCUACCGGGGCCUGACCUCGCUGGCGGAAGAGGCAGCGCAGCCGGCGGAGACGCCGGAGCCAGUGGCGAGCGCGGGUCUCCAGGCGCCCGUCUUGCGCAAGUGCGAGCUCCCGCUACCCGCUCAUCGGCGGCCGGUGCAGGCCUGGGUCGAGUCCCUACGGAGCUACGAGCAGGAGCGCGUGGGCCUCGCCGACCUGCACCCCGAGGUUUUCGCCACGGCGCCCAGGCUGGAUAUUCUGCACCAGGUUGCCAUCUGGCAGAAGAACUACAAGAGAAUCAGCUAUGCCAAGACCAAGACUAGGGCCGAGGUUCGGGGCGGGGGCCGGAAGCCCUGGAUGCAGAAAGGCAGCGGGCGGGCCCGGCACGGCAGCAUCCGCUCCCCAAUCUGGCGAGGAGGAGGUGUCGCCCAUGGCCCCCGGGGCCCCACAAGUUACUAUUACAUGCUACCUAUGAAGGUGCGGGCAGUGGGCCUCAAGGUGGCACUGACUGUCAAGCUGUCCCAGGACGACCUGCACAUCGUCGACUCCCUGGAGCUGCCAACCGCAGACCCCCAGUACCUGACAGAGCUGGCCCGCUACCGCCGGUGGGGGAACUCUGUGCUCUUAGUGGACUUAACACAUGAGGAGAUGCCACAGAACAUCGUGGAGGCCACCUCUGGGCUCAAGACCUUCAACCUGGUUCCAGCUGUCGGCCUGAACGUGUACAGCAUGCUCAAGCACCAGACGCUGGUCCUCACCCUGCCCACUGUUGCCUUCCUGGAGGACAAGCUGCUCUGGCAGGACUCACGCUACACGCCCCUUUAUCCCUUCCGCCUGCCCUACUGCGACUUCCCUUGAGUCCUGGCCUGCCCCACCCAGGCCCAUCGGCUGCCCCGCUUCCUGCACCAUUCUCCAUGCAAAGCGCCUGCUCUGAGCCAGGCUGUGCCCCUGGCACAUUUGGGAGCCUCCCACCCCACCCUGCAAAAGGGAAGUGCUGCCUGGACCCCACUCAUCCCAGUUGGGAAGCCGAGGCCACACAGAGUGGCCAAGCAGAUGCCUCUACCAAGAAAGGACAGCUCUGCAGAGAGCUCACAUGAGCUCCCGCCCCAGUUCUCUCUUUCUUUUGUUUUUAAAGUAAAGUUUAUUUUUUAAUCAAGAUACACAGAACAGCUCAUUGCCAUUUCAAAUAAUUGUUUGGUGUGCUGGGCCUUUUCUGUGGUGCUGGGCACUGCUGAGUGUCUGUCUCUUGGAGGGGCUGGCAGUCGUGUUUAAAGGAGACUUCAGUGCUGUUUAUGGAAAUGACCAGAAUUAAUUUACCCUGGGUGAGUCAGACUCCAUGAGCUCGCAGAGGUGCGUGGGCGCCAGUGGUUCCUAGGAACCGGCUCCUGGCACUUCCCCGUCCUGAGUAUUGUCACUGUUUACUCUGGUCCCCGAGAGGGUUUGCGGACCCGUUUGUCAAGCCUGAGAUUGUGGGCUUGAUUCCACAAGUGGACGCAGUGUCCAAACCUGACUUUAUUCUGACAGUCUCCCAAAGCACAGAGUCAGAAAAGCAAAUGUCUCACAGUAAAGGACCAAAUAAACACAUUUGUAAAAACACCGAA